GGUUUCUCAUUCACAAGGCGCGAUUUAGGUCUCACUCGCAUUUCAAACCCUUCUUCUCCGGCGUAAACCCUAAAUUCGUCUGCAGUCUACUCCACCGUAUCUAGCUAUGCUUCCGCACUCGUACACCGUCGAUUCGCUCUCGCAAUCUCAAGACCUCGCAUCGGCUAUAUUGGCAGCUUCGACGCCGUCGAAUAUCUCCGCGGCUUGCUCUUCCGUGGAAUCGUUUCUUCAUUCGCAUACGCCUGAUCAGUGCCGCCAUUUCUUCUCUAUCACCUUCCCGAGCUUAAUCUGCAAGAUCUUCGGCUUCGGGGACGCAACCGCUCCAUCUCUGGCUCAAUCGUCUUCGCCGCCGAACGGUUGGAUCGAUGUAAUCACGGCGGCUAACGAUUCGGAUCUAUCGGGAAGAGUUUUCUCUCUCUUAUCCCCUAGUGGAAUACUCAUGAGCUCAAUCUUUGCCGUCGAUAAGCUCUCUCUUGUUAAGUACGUUUUCCCUACCGAACGUCUCCCGGAGUAUGCUCGAUUCAUGUUAUCAAGCCAGAAGGAUCGAACCGCGUUAUCUAAUUUGUGCCCCUUUCUGAAAGGUAAAAUCGAGGAAGGUGCAUCGUAUGAAGUUCGGCUAAAUGUUUUCGAGUAUUACAUGUUUUGGCUCUCGUAUUAUCCGGUUUGUAGAGGAAACAACGAUAGUUCAUCUAUGAAUAUGAUUCCCAUUCCGAAGAAAAAGAUGUCUAGGCUAGAGAGUUGGACGCGUAUCAAAGGCUUUCCAGGGAGUAGCAAGCGUGAUUCAGAUCAGAAGCUGGAGUGUAAUCUCUACGUGAAGAUUCUUUACUCUUAUCUGAAAGCGUUUGUUCCUGUUUUUGAUUUGAAUGCGCACCAGCCUUAUCGUAGCUCUCUUUUGCAAUACGGAAAUGGAUAUGAUGGAUCAGUUAUGGCGAGAGCUGAGUUCUUGGUGAAUCUGUUUGUGCAUUAUUGGAUAGUUGAGAAUGACUUCUCACCGUUUCCUGUUAUUACGGCUAAAUCUUUUGGUGUGGCUCCUCCUUUCCGUUCUGCUGUGGAAGAGAUUCCACCUACUUGUGGGUUGGAAGAUGUUGUGAAGUUGCUUGUCAAGUAUCUGAAUUUGAGCUGGGUUACAAGUGGUGUUGGGAGUGAAAACUAUAUUGAGUAUGGCGAGAGUCCACGGUGGAAGACACCUACUUCAGGAUCAUCAUUCCAUGUCGAUAAUUUGAGCCUCAGGCCACUCACUUCCUGGAAUACCCAUUUACAGAGGCCUCUUUACCGAUAUAUAUUGAGGAGUUUCUUGUUCUGCCCCAUUGGGAGUUCUAUUAAGAAUGCAUCUCAGGUGUUCUCCAUAUGGGUUACGUACCUGGAACCAUGGAUGAUCAGUUUGGAUGAUUUCUCAGAUCUCGAAGCUGCUUUAAAUGGAUCUAUAAAAGAUGCUAAAAAGGAAGAGUCUUAUGAAUCACGUGGCUGUGGAUACACGUCUUUGUGGCAGAGCUAUGUGAUAUCAAAUUAUCUAUACUACAGUUCUCUGGUUAUGCAUUUUAUUGGCUUUGCGCACAAGUUCCUUCACACAGAUCCAGAAACAAUAACUCAGAUGGUUCUGAAGGUGAUGAGUAUAUUGACAUCGUCCAAAGAUCUUUUGGUUCUGAUGAAGAAUAUUGACAAAGCCUUUCACUCUAAACAAACUGGACCAGGAAAUUCAACAGUGAACGAGCUCUCUAGAUUUGUUCCAUCUAUCCGUGAGCAGUUGAAGGACUGGGAAGAUGGGCUGUGUGAGAGCAAUGCUGAUGGGUCAUUCUUGCAUGAAAACUGGAACAAGGACCUGAAACUCUUUAGUGAUUGCGAAGAUGGCGGGCAACAACUGCUUCAGCUAUUCAUUCUGCGCGCAGAAGCCGAACUGCAAGCUGUGCCAGAGAAAAACCUCUCGGAAGCCCUAAAAUGCGUAGAUUCACUAAAACAAGUGGUGUCAAACUUCUUUGGCGGGCAUGUCAUAAAACCAAUCGCUUUUUCCUUAGAGAUGGACCAUCCCCAGAAAAACCGUGAUGAGCUCUUCAAGCCACGCGGUGCUAGGAACCAAAUGGCAAGCAGUGCGAAGUACAAAGGAGACUGGAUGACCCGUCCCGUGUCAGAAGACGAGGUUGCAUGGAUGGCUAAGCUGCUAAUCAACAUCUCCAUCUGGCUCAACGAACGUCUCGGGCUAAACCAACCUGUGAUCAACAAUGACAAGAAAGAGAAUUCAGAGUCAGUUUCGUAUGUAGACGUAUCUGAGGUGGAUGCGAGGAAUGUUGCUGGAGCUGGAGAUGGUGGGAGGAUGAUGGUGCGAGGGGUGGUGAUGGCGUGUGGUUCGGUGUUGCAGCUGAUGAGAAAGUACGGUGUUCGAGUCAACCUCCGGGUCAUGGCGUCCAAGAAGUUUCUAACGCUUUUAUUUCUGUAUGUCGUGUUUGUUGUACUCGAAAGGUUUGUCACUAGGAUGAUUCGGUAAAAAGUCCCAAGUAUAGUAUGUAAUGGCCAAUGGGUAUAGCACAAUGAUGACCCUCCUUCUCUUGGAGAGUGUUUCGAAAGCAUUAAGACGGAGGUUUUUUUUUGGG